AAGCGUCACUUCCGCCCGGAACUCGCCUGAAGAAGUCCACAGAGUUGCUGUCAGCGUUCGCGGCCGCUGCACUACCGACAUGGCCCUGCCACCCUUCUUCGCCCAGGGCCGCCCGGGUCCGCCGCCCCCGCAGCCACCGCCUUCCGCUCCGUUCGGCUGUCCGCCCCCGCCGCUGCCCUCCCCGGCUUUCCCGCCGCCUCUUCCCCAGCGGCCCGGCCCUUUCCCGGGGGGGCCCCCGCGCACACCCGUCGGGCCUAGCCUGGGCGAGGUGCGCGCGCGAUUGCGCGCCGCUUUGCGCCUAGUGCGGCGGCUACGCAGCCUGGGGCAGUCCCUGCGCGAAGCCGAGGCCGACGGAGCGGCCUGGGCCUCGCUGCACGCUCAGGCCGAGCCAUUGCGAGCGGAGCUAGCCGAGCGGCUGCAGCCGCUGGCCCAGGCCGCCUAUGUGGGCGAGGCGCGACGGAGGCUGGAGAGGGUCCGGCGCCGCCGGUUGCGGCUUCGUGAGAGGGCCCGGGAACGCGAGGCUGAGCGGGAGGCGGAGGCCGCGCAGGCCACGGAACGGGAGCAGGAGAUUGACCGCUGGAGGGUGAAAUGCGUGCAGGAAGUGGAGGAAAAGAAGCGGGAGCAGGAACUCAAAGCCGCUGCUGAUGGGGUCUUGUCUGAAGUAAGGAAAAAACAAUCGGACACUAAAAGAAUGGUGGACAUUCUGCGUGCUUUAGAGAAACUGAGGAAACUGAGGAAAGAAGCCGCAGCAAGGAAAGGGGUCUGUCCUCCUGCCUCAGCGGAUGAGACUUUUGAGAACCAUCUUCAGCGGCUGAGAAAACUCAUUAAAAAGCGCUCUGAACUGUAUGAAGCUGAAGAGAGAGCCCUCCGAGUUAUGCUGGAAGGAGAACAGGAGGAAGAGAGGAAAAGAGAAUUAGAAAAGAAACAGAGAAAAGAAAGAGAGAGACUUUUACUUCAGAAGCGAGAAAUUGAGUCCAAGUUAUUUGGAGAUCCGGAUGACUUCCCACUUGCUCACCUCUUACAGCCAUUCCGCCAGUAUUACCUCCAGGCCGAGCACUCCCUGCCUGCGCUCAUUCAGAUAAGGCAUGAUUGGGAUCAGUACCUGGUGCCGUCUGAUCAUCCUAAAGGCAACUCCGUUCCCCAAGGAUGGGUCCUUCCCCCGAUCCCCAGCAAUGACAUCUGGGCAACGGCUGUUAAGCUGCAUUAAGAGGCUCCGGGAGCGUGGUCCCACAGGCGAGCACUACAGCUCUAGAUGCUACGAUGCUGUCAUCCCUGCUGUGGUCUUCUGCACACCUUCAGCUCCAUGCGGCGUUGUCCUUCCUGGCUGGAAGUCUGCUUCCUUCUGUGCCCUGCCCUGGCCAGCGUGCCUCUUUAGCAGGAGAUACUAAGCUUCAUCAGGAAAGGGCCUAGAUGAACUGAGGUUAUUAGCACGGCAGUGGCCUUCAUUCAGUAAAUCUGCCUCUGUUUUGAGGGGCUUGGUCUGAUGUGGCCUGCUAUUUGCUGUAGUUUGUUGUAUUUUGGUGGGUAAGUACGGUCAGCACUUGGUUACUGCUUGAAGGUGUUCACUGAGGAGAGGUAGCACCCUACUCCUGGUCUCCCAUUCCAACUGCCCUCCAGCUCCCAGGAGUGCAGGUCAGAGUUUGACCUACAGUUCUGUUAACCCCAGUCUGGUGCAGUUGGGAGGCUGCUCCUGAGGACCCUGGCAGUGGCUGUAGACUGGGCUGCCAGGAAUGCUGAUGGCUUAGAACUGGUGUCUGUCCUGUGGAGAGCUUAGAAAACCCAAGGGCCAGACCAGGUCGGCUCGUGCUCUGACAGACAGUGCUUGUGUUCCUCGUGAAAGCGCCAGUCUAUAGAGUUCCGAGGGAUCUAGCUGUGGGGUCUCCAGGAAUAGAAACGUGUUUCCCUAUGGGACCGUAAUCUCAGUCACAUGGUAGGGACUGGGGUGGCUCUGGGAUUUCCCCCCCCCUUAGCUCAAGCUUCCAAAAAUAUCCAUAUAGUAAAAGUUGGGAAAAGAGCAAAUAUGAAUGGUAAAUUUUAUUUUUUAUAUUCAUUAAUAAGAGCUAUUGUGCUUGGACAUGAUCAGUCAUAUGACAUGUUAUGGUUUUUGUUUUGCUUUAUUCUGGGUUUUGUUAUUUAAUUUCCUAAAAGCUAAAUAAAUACCAUUUUUCACUUUU